UCAUCAGUUGAAAGAGUUUUGAAGCCGAGAAACCAAUUUAGGUAAAAAGGACAACAUAGUCACGCAUCUCUCAUCAUAAUAUUUUUCCUACUUGAGAAAAAAUAACCUUAAACAACAUCACAACUUGGUAACUCAAACACGACAACACCAUUAUAAAUACCAAUUGUCUUGUCUCUUCCAUUUCCAUUUUCAUUUCAUGUUCUUUGAAAUCCAAUGUUUGUAAUUCAUACAUUUUCAUUUUUUCUUCAAUUCGUAGCUUAAAAAAACCAAUAAUAACAACAACAACAUGGAUUCUCAAGACCCUGACCUUACUACACCUCCACCUGGUUUCUCUGGCUCAGCUCCAUUGCUAACUCCGAAGCAAGAGCCUUGUGACGAACCACCUCAACAGGAACAACAUCAACAACCACAGCAAGAACCAAACCUGAAUGAUGUUCUGAACCUCAAUCUUAACCUAAAUCUUAACCUUGAUGAUAUUUAUGAAGAACAAAUCCUAUCCGAAGGGUUUUCCAACUUUAACCUUAUCUCAGAGGCUUACCGAACCGGGCUCACUACAGGUAUUCAACAACUCGAAAACGACAUCAUUGAUGUUGUUGAUGAUGCUUAUGAUCCUAAUUCACGCGCCAUCGUUCCGCUUCCGGUUCCGGUUCCCGAGGUGCGUCAGAGUUACGACAACAAUGCUCCGGGGGCUGGGGAAGUUGCGGCGCAGAGGAUUCAACGGCGUCAUAAGGAGCUUGUUCGUGUGGCGGAUCUUGAUUUAGCGGACCAACGUCAGUUUCGGGACAUGGUGAGAAGGACGAGGAUGGUUUAUGAUUCGCUUCGCGUUUCGGCUUUGAUUAAAGAGGAGAAGAGAGGUGAUGUUCGUAGACUGAGAAACGAUCUUAAAGCCUCUUCCUUGAUGAGGACCAGGGAUUUGUGGAUGAAUCGUGAUAAGAGAAUUGUUGGACCGAUUCCGGGUAUUUUUAUAGGUGAUGUGUUUCUUUAUAGAAUGGAGUUAGUUGUGAUUGGUUUACAUGGUCAAUCGCAAGCUGGAAUUGAUUAUUUGCCUGGUAGUAUGAGUUCAAAUGGCGAACCGAUUGCUACUAGUGUGAUUGUUUCUGGUGGAUAUGAGGAUGACGUGGAUCAAGGCGAUGUUAUUAUCUAUUCUGGUCAUGGUGGUCAGGAUAAGAAUUUGAGGCAGGUUUUUCAUCAGAAGUUGGAAGGCGGGAACCUUGCGAUGGAGAGAAGUAUGCAUUAUGGGAUUGAAGUUAGGGUUAUUCGCGGUGUUCGGGUUGAGAGUUCAUCUUCUGCUUCUGGUAAGGUUUAUGUUUAUGAUGGCUUGUAUAGGAUUGUUGAAUAUUGGUUUGAUGUUGGUAAGUCUGGUUUUGGUGUUUAUAAGUUUAAGUUAUGGAGGAUUGCUGGUCAAGCUAAGAUGGGUAGUGUGAUUCUUAAGGAUGCUCUGAUGUUGAGGAGGGAUCCUUUGUUUUUUAAACCUAUGUGGGUUUUUUCUCUUGAUAUCUCGAAUCGGAGCGAAAACGUUAGUGUAAGGCUUUUUAAUGAUAUUGAUAGGAUUAAUGAUCCGAUGUGUUUUCAGUAUCUUCCAAGGGCUAUGUUUCCGUCGUUUGUGUUUCAUCACAAUGAGAGGGUGACGGGUUGUGAGUGCGUGAAUGGUUGCGUCGAAGGAUGCUUUUGUUUCAAGAAGAAUGGAAAUGAGUUUCCUUAUAGUCAAAGUGGGCUUCUCUUGAAAGGAAGACCGUUAGUCUUUGAAUGCGGUCCUUAUUGUAGAUGCCCGCCUCAUUGUCGUAAUCGUGUUACACAAAAAGGGAUGAAAAAUAGGUUGGAAGUGUUUAGAUCUAAGGAGACUGGUUGGGGAGUCAGGUCUUUAGAUCUUAUUCAAGCUGGCGCUUUUAUCUGUGAAUACACCGGGGUUGUUUUGACUAGGAAGCAAGCACAAAUUUUGAUCAUGAAUGGUGAUUCAUUGAUAUAUCCGAAUCGGUUUUCAAAUAGGUGGGAAGAAUGGGGGGAUUUAUCUCUGGUAAACCCUAGUUAUAAGCGCCCGACGUAUCCAUCAAAUCCUCCUUUAAAUUUUGCUCUGGAUGUGUCAAAAAUGAGGAAUGUUGCUUGCUACAUGAGUCAUAGCUCAACUCCCAAUGUGUUGGUUCAGUUUGUCCUAUAUGAUCACAAUAAUUUGAUGUUCCCUCACCUUAUGCUAUUUGCAAUGGAAAACAUCCCUCCGAUGAGAGAGUUCAGCCUUGAUUAUGGAGUAACUGAUGACGAGUUGACUGGUAAGCUCGCUAUAUGUAAUUGAAUAUUUUGGGCGCCAUACAUUAAGCAGCCUUCACGCACCAACAAGGAAACAAAGACAAUUCUCCGUGGUGUCUCUUACGAUUCUUAUUCUCAUUCCCAUAAUAAAUCUUCUACUAGAGGCCUCUAUAAGCCAAGUCAUCACAAAUUUGGAGCCGCAAACUUCUGAUUUUAAUCGCGUGUCUUGCGAUUCUUCAUCCCAUUCCCAUAAUAGAUCUUGUACCUGAGACCUUUGUAAGCCAAGUCAUCACAAACCUGGAGCCGCAAACUUUUGGUUUUAAUCGAUACAAAUCCGGUGUUGGAUUGAUUAUGUAAAUGGGAAUUUUAUUUUAUUUUUAGAUUUUUAUAUCUUAAGGGAACAAUGACCUUUUUUAAGUAAGCGGUAAAAUAUUAGUGUCUCUAAUUAUUUUCUUUAUAUGCUAG